AUGAUUUUCGGGGAGAUUGUAAAUGAGGGGUGUGGUGAUCUCAAAGCAAUCGAAGCUGGGAAGUUGCUGCUCAUUUCUUUCGAAAGGAUUUCCUGUUUAGAACCGAUAGCCGGGUUAAAAUUUCAGGGUGAUCGAGGUCAGACUGAAGAAAUAUUAAAGUCGAUUGUUGACAAUGAAUCCAUCAUUUCUUCCUCAACCUCUUUCAACUUCACCACUCGUAUGGCAUCCCCUCAUCAUGAACGAGAGCCUCUUCUGCCUUCAAAUCAACAAUCAACAUGUCAAAACCUUCAUCAGAAAGCCUCUCAGACAAUCUCGAAUUCAUUCAGAUAUCUCAAACUUCGACCAAGACCUCGUACCCUUCUCUUCACCUCUUUGCUGCUCAUCUCAUCUGCCAUCGUCUAUCUUUACGAUCGAUCCCAGAAACGCGAUUUAAUCGAUGAACUCGCCGAUACAAUUGAAAACCUUUCCACCUGCGCAUCUUGCAAAGCACUUCUGCUGCCUCUUGUCACUAUUGCUCAUCUCGGGGACCCGAAGUUCUUCUCAACGCUUGUCAGCUUUUGCACUGGUUUGGGUAUACAGGACCCAGAAGUCUGUCGGGGUGCCUUGGGCGCUCAAGCGCCGAUUAUCGCCCACUCGCUGCGGUCCAUGAGUCUAAGCGGGCAUACCUCGGACUUGUUUUGUGCGAAGACGUUUGGUUUAUGCGAGGACCCUCCUGUGCGCGAGUGGAAGGACAUCUCAUUGCCUCCACGGAAGCCUCAAACCAACCUAUCGAAAUUCUCCCUUCCUGUUCCAGAAAUACGCGCCUUUCCUCACACCGGCUCAACUCCCAUACACAACAAUCAAGCUUCAUCAUCAAAUUCAACAAUUGAAUCCGAAGACCAGACCUUGGAGACAAAGCCGUUCCAAGUUAUCCACCUCAGCGAUCUCCACAUUGAUCGUGAAUAUGCUAUUGGCGCGGAUUCGGUCUGUGACCGGAAUCUUUGUUGUAGACUCGAUCAACCUACCGAUAUACCAAAUAAAACCAUAUCCCCAGCUGGACCUUAUGGCAGUCACAAAUGUGAUUCGCCAGAGUCACUCUACAUCAGCAUGUUGCGGGCACUCAAAGACCAUGCUCCUGACGCAGAGUUCGUGGUACAUACUGGUGACAUGGUAGACCACGCUGUCUGGAACUCCGUCCGCAAGGAGGUCGAGGACGGUGUUGGGCAAGGACAUUCUCAAUAUCAUGCUUACUCCCAAACGCCCUUCUAUGGUGUAAUCGGAAAUCACGAUAUUGCCCCAACCAAUUCUUUCCCUCGCAAUACCACCAUCACCACCAUGUCGUCUCAGUGGGACUUGGAACUGUUUUCGGGCACAUGGCAAAAAUGGAUCGGCGAACAAAAUGCGCAAACAGUUGCGACGAUGUCCGGAUGCUAUAGUAUCAUUCAUCCUGGUACCAACCUCAAGAUAAUCUCUCUUAACACUGGGUUUUGGUACAAAGCUAACUUUUGGCUUUACGAUUCGGACGACUUUCAGCCCGAUCCCAAUGGCAUCCUUGCCUGGCUGAUAUCAGAACUCCAAGAUGCGGAAGACAAGGGACAGAAGGCCUGGAUCAUGGGACACCUCUCACCCGGAAAGUCAGAUUGUUUGCAAGAGCCUAGUCGGUAUCUCAACCAAAUCAUGCGGCGCUAUAAAGAUACCAUAUCUGCAUCCCUAUAUGGUCACACUCAUCGGUCCGAGUGGGAGAUCGUGUAUGAGGAUCCGUCGCAUCCUACGGCGGACACCGCGAUUGGAAUGAUAUAUAUCGGACCUGCCAUGACACCAGAAUCUGGCAACCCGGCUUUUAGGAUUUAUGAUGUCGACCCAGUAACCUAUCAAAUCCUCGAUUUUCAUGAAAUCAUCACCAAUCUUACCGAGCCCGGAUAUCAACUUCAUCCUCGUUGGUUUAAAUACUACUCAGCUCGAGAAGUCUAUGAGACACUUCUACUCAAUAACAACUUGCCCGGUUUACAGAACAAUCGAUCUCCGAUUGAUGGACCUUUUUGGCAUCGGGUCACUGAUAUCCUAGAACAGAGUUAUCCUGAGUUUGAGAAAUUUUAUCAUCGAUUGACAAGAGGGGCAGAUUUACAGGCGAUGGGAGAUUGGAAACCUUGUUACUCGGGAGCCUGUCGAAAGAAAUGGAUUCAAACCUUGAGAUCAUCACAAUCCGAAUUCAAUGGAUAUCCCAACCAUGUGGGAUUGAACAUUGAUUCUAUUGAAACUGAUGUUGCGCCAGCCCCCAAAGCAGGAUGGGGCUUGGAGCCCGGUGAACAUGAUGGUGAACAUACGUGUGGUGAUCUUGCAAGCCUGUAUAAGCAAGCCAAAGAAAAACUGGGACCCUUGCAUAAGCACAAGAAGGUUAAAAUACCCGCAAGUCUUAGGCACGAGCUUCGACAACAACUCCAUUCGCCUUAAUCAUCUCGGUUCAUUCUCAAAAUCCAUGAUGAUCAAAUGUUAACAGGAAUUUUGAUCCAACGUCAUGUUUGACAACUGCUUCUGAUUUUUCAUUUAUAGUACUCUUCAAUUUUUUGAGGAGUGGGAUUGUACGUUUUUAUCUAUCUAUCUAAUAUAUAUAUACAUAUCUCAUCCUUUUUUCAAUCAAGAUUUCAUUACAAUUGUAUAAAUUUCGUCUUGGGUUUGCAAUUCUUUGUUUCAUUGUAUAGGUUGUUGUGUUAUUGUUGUAUUUGAAAUGUAUUGUAAAGACGGCGGUGUGUUUUUGGAUAACAUAUCUUAUGAUUUUUCGUUUUUGAUCAAUCAAGUUAUAUACCUACAUCACACUUUCUCCUAUCAUUUUAGAUUUGUACAUACCUUUGCGAUGUUCAAUGAAGUGAUUACUAUCUCUU